AACUUCUACAUCAUUUGAUUUGUAUUGUGAUUUGAGUUAGUUAUGUGUUGCAACAUAAGUUGUACCUCAGUCGACUGAGAAAUACUCAAGCUCUAUCAAGAAUAUAUAAAUCGAUAUGGAGGAGGUAUUAUUUAUUUGUUCUCACAUUUGCUCUUUGCUGGAAGCCACGGCUGGACGGUGGCAAACCCAGUGCCAACGUAUCGGCAGGAGCGGAAGUCUCCCGAACAGCGAGACGCGCGCGCCAGAUCCAACGGCCAACGCGGCAGCCAUACGACUACGAGGGCCCAUCUCUCUCUCCUCCAACGCCGGAGCCGCACCUGUCCUCGUCGCCAUCCCGCAGUACACUCCGUCAGCCCACCGGAGCAAACACGCGUGCCCCACCGCCGGAAGAAACCGCCAAGACCUCCGGCCAAAGCGGAUACCUCCACCUGCUGAUCUACGCACCGGAAGCCGGCACGCCCGCUGCCACCUCCUGAAGCUGCGCAGAGGGUUCAGGGCUUUAGCCUCAGGGCCGAGAUGAAAUCCCCAUUCCUGGACCCCGCCGCCGCCGCCGCCGCGGCGCCGAUACCCCGUGGCGGAGCUCUCGGGCGGGUCCGCGUCGCCUGCGGCGCGACGCGGGUGCCACGGCGCGUCGUGGGCGCCGGCCUCGCUCGGCCCGGCCGGGGCCGCCCGAGCCUACUCGCCGCCGCGCUGCCUGAGCCCCUCGACCACCUCCUGCCCGCGCAGGAGGGCGCUGCAGCACCAGCGUCGGAGGCCGAUGAGGUCCAGCGCGGCGUGGCUUCUGCCGAGAUUUCGCCGCCCCCUCCUGCUGCUGUUCAUGAAACGACAGUGCGCGUCAGAUUCGUGCUGAGAGAGCAGUGCACCUUCGGCCACAGCUUCCACCUGGUCGGCGACGACCCGGCGCUCGGCCUCUGGGACCCGGCGAACGCGGCCGCCUUGGAGUGGUCGGAAGGCCACGACUGGACAGUCGAGAAAGAUCUGCCGGCCAACAGGUCGAUUGAGUUCAAGUUCUUGCUGCGAGAUUCCUCGGGAGAGUUCCAGUGGCAGAAUGGGCCUAACAGGAGACUGCAGACAGGCGAAGCCGCGAGGACAUUGGUGGUCUACGAAGAUUGGGGUGACGAGAAGAAUCAGAAGGUCAUAGAGGAGGGAGACGUGCCGGUUGAAAUGGCAGAGGUAAUUGCUACAGACGAUGACGAUAAAAGCAUAAACGAUGUUGUUGCGGCAAAUGAGCUGCAACUGGAUGGCAGUCAAGAGAUCAAAGAAGAUGAAUCAGGUGUAGGCGAUGCUGAGAGUUCAGCUGUUGCUGCUACCAUUUCUGUCCGAGGGGAAUCAGCCAAGGCAUGUGAAGCUGACCAACCAGAGUUGGUGAUGGAUGGACAGAACAUUCAAGAUGACCUUCCUGAUGAAGUAGACAGAGCACCGCAGAAUGACAGCGCCACGACUUAUGCUGAUGAUGAUUACGGUGAAAGUACCAACGAUGACAGCAUCUUGUCCAAGGAUGGUGUUCUGGUCAGGAAUGAGUGGACCAGAGCUUUUGAACGUGAGUUGCUUUGGGGUUGGAAGUCCCUGCAGCAGCUUCUAGGCUUCAAAAUGGACACAACAUGAAAGAUGCAUCUGGUACUGCUUGCCAUAUAUGUAUGCAUGGACUCGUCGCAGUCUAGAUGGCGUCCUGCUCCUUUGAAGGAUGUAGAAAACGUUAGCAGGUAGCAGCUGCUGGGUAUUGUUGCGGCACUCGGUUGUGUGUAAAUAGUUUCUUCUGGAGAGAUGCUAGUGUUUGGUAAAGAACAAGAACCAGUUAUCAAUAAGCUAUCAUCAGUUUGUUGUCAGUAUACUGAAACAUCCCAUUUCAACCUGAUGAAGAUUGCUACUACCAUCCUUUGCAAGGGAUGUCACUGAA